GGUUUGUCCUUUGGCAGCUCGGUGUAAUUACCUUACAUACCACGCAUUCUUCAGUGUGGAAUAGAUUACGAGUUUCGUGUUGAGCAAAGGAAUCGAAACAGCCACUCCUCCCUCGCUCUCUCCAGUUUGCGCAACACCAGGACACCUCAUUUCGCAGGGUCACAUCUGCGGACGAGACUGGAGACUCGCACUUGGCUCCUCGCGCUGUCUCUCUUCCGGCCUCUCCAGCUCAGAAGCCGUCGCCCUUUGGGCCUAGCUGGUCCUAGGAUCCAUUCGAAACGCACAACCGUAUGAUCGUCGAUCGAUUGUAGCCAUGCCGGCCAAAUCACGGUUCACAAGGCUAGACGCCUUCGCCAAAACAGUCGACGAGGCACGCAUCCGCACAUCCUCCGGUGGUGUCAUUACGAUUGCCUCUCUGCUUAUUGUUCUGUGGCUUGUCUGGGGAGAAUGGGUAGACUACAGACGGGUGGUGGUUCUGCCGGAGCUGGUCGUCGAUAAGUCAAGAGGAGAGAAGAUGGAGAUCCAUCUGAACAUUACAUUUCCCCGUCUGCCUUGCGAGCUUACGACACUGGACGUGAUGGAUGUCUCCGGCGAACAACAAGUUGGGGUCGCGCACGGCGUGAACAAGGUCCGCCUCUCACCUGCCUCGGAGGGAGGUCGCGUACUGGAUAUCCAGGCAUUGGAACUCCACCAAGAAGUAGCCAAGCACAUGGACCCCGACUAUUGUGGUGAAUGCGGCGGCGCACCAGCUCCCCCCAACGCCAUCAAACAAGGCUGCUGCAACACCUGCGACGAAGUCCGCGAUGCCUAUGCGCAACAGCAGUGGGCCUUCGGCAAGGGCGCAAACAUUGAGCAGUGUGAGCGCGAAGGCUACGCACAGCGCAUCGACGCCCAGCGCCGCGAAGGUUGCCGCCUCGAGGGCGUCAUCCGCGUCAACAAAGUCGUCGGCAACUUCCACAUCGCUCCCGGCCGCAGCUUCUCAAGCGGGAACCUCCACGUCCACGACAUCCAGAACUACCUCGAAAUCGACCUCCCCGCAAACGAGCAGCACACCAUGACGCACACCAUCCACCAGCUGCGCUUCGGCCCCCAGCUCCCAGACGAGCUCUCCGACCGCUGGCAAUGGACUGACCACCACCACACCAACCCGCUCGACAGCACAAAGCAGGAGUCCACCGAGCCGGGCUUCAGCUUCAUGUACUUCAUCAAGGUCGUCUCAACCUCCUACCUCCCACUCGGCUGGGACCCCCUCGAAUCAGCCGCCAUCCACGGCUCGGCCGAUUCCGCCCCGCUCGGUGCCCAAGGUCUCGGCCUCGGGCCCCAGGGAAGCAUCGAAACACACCAAUACUCGGUAACAUCGCACAAGCGCUCGCUGCGCGGCGGUGAUGCCUCGGACGAGGGCCACAAGGAGCGUAUCCACGCUGCAAACGGUAUCCCCGGUGUCUUCUUUAACUAUGACAUCUCCCCAAUGAAGGUCAUCAACCGCGAGGCGAGACCAAAGACCUUCACGGGCUUCUUGACUGGUGUCUGCGCCAUCGUUGGUGGUACACUUACUGUUGCGGCUGCGAUCGACCGAACUCUCUAUGAGGGUGUCAACCGAGUCAAGAAACUGCACUCGAAUUAAACCAACUUAACAAAAUCAAUGCGCCUCUGUCCAUGCCCAAGUGGAUAACCUCGAAUCAGCGGACACACCUGUACAGAGGCUCGCGCGAAGCGAAAUGAGGCGUAAAGUACCAACCGAAGUAUGAAAGUUAAGAAACACGGAGGUAGAAGGGGCUGUCGACUGGGCGAUUGAUAUUUUGGAAGAGGAAUAAAGGAUCAUUGGCAAUUAAGGCGUUUCGGAUUUCUGUUUCAUGUAUAUUCAGAUUCGGAUUCGCUUUGCUUCUUACGCAUGUACUCUGGAUUUUGGGAUAAAGUUCUAUAUCAAUCAAUAAAUGAAACAAAUCAUUGCUGCUUAAUUACAGUGUUGAAAGG